AUGACAGAAUACGAGUCUUCGCUGGAAAAAUUUCAAGAAACGGUAAAAAUGACCCGUCGGUUGGCUAAUUUUUGCGGGAUGGAUGUUCUGGCAGACAAUUACAAGCCGAAUCUUCGCACGGCCUUGACGCUGAUCGGUGGCUGCAGCUACCUGGUCACAGGAAUGUACAGUGCCUGGAUCUUCUAUCCGAACAUCUACGAGUCGCUGCAAGCGGUGGCUCCGCUAGGAAUGGCGCUGCAGGGAAUGAUGAAAAUGUAUAGUGCUAUCGUGUACCGUAGCUUUUUCUACGGCCGGCAACAAUAUCUGGAGGAUUUUCAUCGGACGUACGUUGAAUGUCCACAAUAUAAUGCUGCACUUGUGAGCUUGAUGCGGAAGAUGCAACUUGCGAUUAAGUUGUUGAUCUUGAGUUACCUGAUUGCUAUAGCCGGAUUUGGACUCUACCCAUUGUAUUUCUAUCUGAUAUAUGGGGAGAAAACAUUGGCAUUGAAUGUUCUAAUCCCCGGUGUGGACGCCCGAACUUACUGGGGUUAUGUAUGCACAUUGGCCUAUCAGAUGUUUCUGUUAGCACUCGCAAUCAAUGGAAUAACUGCUUACGAUACGGCGAUGAUGAUAUUCAUCUGCAAUUUGGCUGGACUAGUAGACGUGUAUAAGAUUAAACUGAGAGAAUUAGAUGCACUACUAAUGGCAACAAAACGGAGUCCCGUAAAAAUUCACGAUAAACUUCGUGAAAUCGUUAUUGAACAUUACGAAAUUUUUAGAUAUGAAUCAGAAUUGGAUAAAAGAUAUAUUGUUGUGAAUUUCGUUCAAGUGGCUUCUUCGGUAGCAUGCCUCACUCUGUCGCUGUUUCUCUGUUAUAUGACUAACUAUCUACCGGGAUAUGCUUUCAUAAUUGGAGCUGUUUUCCAACUGUUAGAGUUUUGUUUGUUAGGUACAAUUUUCAGCGUUAAGAAUGACGAUGUGAUUGUUGCUAUCUACGACAUUAGCUGGUAUCUACUGGAUCGGUCUGACAUCAAGAUGCUUAACUUCAUGUUUCACCGCAGUCAAAACUCCGUAAAUUUGACCAUUGGAGGUUUCGCGCCACUCAACAUUGAAGUUUUCGUCGAGAUAAUGAAGACUAUCUACCAAUAUUUCGCAAUGUUAAUCAGAUUUAUGGAACCUUAGGAACAAGUUAGUG